AUGACCGACUUCCAUGAGACAAGAUCGCCCCUGACAAACGAAAAUGUCCAAGCAUGGGCGCGUGCGAAUUUUGCCGCGCCCUUUCGCGCCCUGCCACGCGCCGCAAGACUGCAUUGGAUCCAGUUCGACGAGAGCUUCACCAUCAGCAGAGCCAUCUGGCGAGGGCUCGGCCGCUCCACCCACAAGCAAUUGCUUGUCAUCGGCGGAUAUGCGCCAGGCCCCGCGGGCGACGACGAUGAACCCAUAGAUCGGGUCACCGCGCACGUCCACGAAGAUGAGGCCGAGGUCAGCUUUUAUCGCAUUACCGAAUUGGAGGACGGCGCACACGAGUUGCAAGCUGUGAAUAGUACCAGUACUGUUGCUUUCCAUGCGCCUUUUUGUGAUGUUGGAGACGAUACCGGCGGCUCCAAAGCCAUCCAUCGUGUGUCGGCCCUCAUUCUCUACUAUUUCUUGGCUGCUGGCCACGUGAAGGAGUUAUGUCGGACGAGAUCAGAUCCCACCAUGUUUACCAGGAAUUUCCGAGACGCGUGUUUGAAAUCGGAACCCAGUACGCCCAUUGAAAAGGAUUCGAUCGCUGUUCGGCCAAAGCGAUCAUCUACCGUCUCAUCAUUAUCAAGAUCCAUACCGGAAGACAUCCAGGUCCAGGCGCCAUCCAUCAAACGCGCAGCAACCGACAACUUGAGCGUCAAAAUCAAACGUGAACGCGAUGAAGACUACCCCAGCAUCGCAUCGGCUAUCCGACCAAAAAAACACCGUCGCACCGUCAGCGAGCAAAUCGUGCCACCCUCAAAUCUCAAAGACUCCACCUCCGUCCCAUCACCCUUAUCCAUCCUCAGCCCACGCAGCCCAGCACCAGAGCGCGUAAACCGUGCAUUAACAGACCGCAUCCAACAUCUCAAAGACGAAAACGCCGGUCUCAAAGCCUCAAACACCAGCCUAGAGACCGAGAAAACCGACCUCCAAAAGCGUAUGGAGAAGGAAUCCCACGCCUACCGCGGUCUGCAAAUCGAAUCCGACGCGCUAAAGAAAGAGUCCGAGAACAUGAGAAAAGAGAUGAUGGCCAUGAAAGAGCGGUUGGAAUCCGUCGAAACAUCAGGCGAAAAGCUAAGGGUGGAAGUAGACCGGUUGACAGCUGUGGAAGAAGCAAGCAAAGAACUACGAAAAGAACUCAGGAACGAAGUCGAAAAACUGAGAGGACGCGUCGAGAGGAGCGAGAAAGAGGCUGAAAAUGCGAAAGAAGAACUUUUGGCUGUGAGGCGUGGGUUGACGAAAGAGCUGGGCGAGGCGGUCAAGAAGUGGGGUGCGUAA